GGGACCUCAGCCAGCCAACGCUGGAUUUAAUCUAGCUAGAAGUAGUAAAACAGCUCUCAUCUGAAGCACCACUGAGUUCCUGACUUCAUUUCUAGAGGAAAACUCUUUCCUCCGGGGACACAGAGAAACUUGUUUGAGAGGAGCUCUGCCAGCUCAGGAGUCCAGGCUGAUAAAAUCCAUCCCAGCGGAUAAUGGCCACCUACGCCCUGCAAAUCGCCGGACUGGCAUUUGGUUUUAUUGGCAUGGUGGGGACCCUGGCUGUCACCAUCAUGCCUCAAUGGAGAGUGUCUGCCUUCAUUGGCAGCAACAUCGUGGUUGCUGAGAACAUGUGGGAAGGACUGUGGAUGAGUUGCAUGCGGCAUGCCAACAUCAGGAUGCAGUGCAAAAUCUACGACUCCCUGCUGGCUCUGUCUCCGGAUCUGCAGGCGGCCAGGGGACUGAUGUGUGCCGCUUCAGUGCUGUCCUUCCUGGCUUUCAUGACGGCCGUCCUCGGCAUGAAGUGCACCCAGUGCACUGGAGACAACGAGAACGUGAAGGGCCACAUCCUGCUAACGGCUGGAGUCCUCUUCAUCGUCACGGGCAUCGUGGUGCUCAUCCCUGUGAGCUGGGUGGGCAAUGCCAUCAUCAGAGAUUUCUACAACCCAGUGGUGAACGUCGCGCAGAAGCGUGAGCUUGGAGAAGCCCUCUACAUCGGCUGGACCACGGCGUUGGUGCUGAUCGCUGGGGGAGCUCUCUUCUGCUGUGUGUUUUGUUGCCGUGAGAAGAGCAAUAGCUACAGAUACUCAAUACCCUCUCAUCGCACGACCCAAAAAAGCUAUUACGUGGGAAAGAAGUCACCCAGCGUGUACUCCAAAAGUCAGUAUGUGUAGUUUUGUACUUUCUUUUCUUGACUUUGCCUAUAAAUCCAUGCAAAUGACUAAAAUGCCUACUGCAAUCUAAAGAUGGAAGCCAAAGGGACACUGAUUUGCCAUUGUUAACUGUCCGACUUUAACUACCGGAACUGUGCCUCGGCUAUUUAGGAUUCUAUAAGCUAUUCCAGCAGG